CAGGUACCAUCAUUGUCGUCUGGCUUGUAGACGUUGAUGAGGUUCGCAUCCCCUGCUGCUCUUCGAGAGCACAGCCCCUUCCAUACACCUACGAACAAUUCAUUCUGUUCGUGAAUAUAUUUCUUUCCGCCCAGUUGACCGAAAAAAUUGUGCAGAGUCGCAUAGGUAGUGCAAGGUUCCAUUUACCUCACAGAUCUGAGCCAGUUCUGAGUUCAGCGCCAUCAUGGCCGCACCCGCUUCAGCGUACAAGGACCGACAGUUCCUUGCAGUUAUCGGUGACGAGGACUCUGUUACUGGCCUACUCCUUGCCGGUGUUGGUCAUGUCACAGACCCUCCUGAUGCACAAAAGAACUUCUUGGUCGUCGACUCAAAGACAGAAAAAUCCUUGAUCGAGUCAACCUUCAACAGAUUCACAAAAGAGCGCAAGGACAUUGGCAUUGUUCUCAUAAAUCAACAUAUUGCAGAGCAGAUUCGGGAUACGGUUGAUCGGUUCCAGGAAGCCUUUCCAGCAGUUUUGGAGAUCCCCAGCAAAGACCAUCCAUAUGACCCAGAAAAGGACAGUGUGCUGCGACGAGUGAGAAGGCUGUUCGGAGAAUAGACAAAUUAAAUGUCAUGAGUACAACAACCUUUGAGCCCCUUUAACACCCUUUAGCGCUACAAGUUUACAAUGAUAGAGCCGGCCCUGAUGGCUUACCAUCGAAACCUCCUUGGUUAUGUCGAUGCCUCCACUUCUGCCUCUUUCCACUUCUUCCAUAGAAUAAUACAGGUCACUUUCAGCAUCUCAGUCAGUCGACAUGAUGUUGAGGAAUGCAAGGAAUACAAUGAACAGCAGAUCUGGAAUGGAGGCUGCUGGAGGACAGAUCCGAAUUGCACGUUGUGAUAGUAUGGAGCUAUUAGCGGGGAAUCGUUUGGCCGCCUCCGAAUAACCGGGGGAGCAGAGCAAGCGAGGCUGCAUUUUCGAAUGUCCUGUAGUCCUUCGACCAGUAAUGCUAUCAGGUUGGUCUAAUAUGGCCGCUGAAGUCAACUCGUUGCACUCAAGCCGCACAACUAGCACAUACCUACUCGUCUGAUACACC